AUGAAGGGCAUCCAAGAUUCCCUCACCAGGAAGCAAUGGAUCGGAUUCGGAGUGGCCUUCCUCUAUGGCACGUCCAGCUUGAUGAAGCCACGCGCGACGCUAUCGGUCUAUGACUUCCCCUACUCCAACACGCUGACCCUGGGCCAAAUGCUCUUCGCCACCGUGGCCCUCUACUUCAUGAAGUCUACCAACAUCAUCACCUACAAGGACUUCUCCUUCUCCACCGCCAAGGCCGUGCUGCCGCUGGCCUUCUUCUUCUUUGGCAUGGUGGUGACCGGCCUCGCGGCCCUCCAGUUCAUCAAUGUGCCCAUGUUCAGCGCCCUGCGGCGAUUUACGACACUGAUCGUGAUUGUGGGAGAGGCGGUCUAUCUGAAGAAGUUCACUCCACGUGACGAGGCCUGGUCCGUCUACGCCAUGGUCAUCGGUGCGGUGAUCGCCGGCCUGGGCGAUCUGUCGUUCAACGCGAUCGGAUACUUCCUGUGCGCGCUCAACUGUGUCGUGACGGCGCUCUACCUGGUCUUCAUCGCCAAGGUCAAGAACGAGACCAACCUCGAUACCUUUGGCCUCAUGUUCUACAACAACGUGCUCUCCAUCCCCUUCGUCGUCCUUGUCGUGCUCGGGCUCGAGUACGAGGACGUGAUCAACUACCCGUACUGGACCGACCCCGGCUUCCUCCUGUGCUUCAUCAUGUCGUCGGUGCAGGCGUUCCUGCUGAACUACUUCAUCUUCCUGUGCUCGCUCAUCAACUCGCCGUUGACGACGAGCGUGACGGGCCAGAUCAAGAACAUCUUCACCACCGGCAUCGGCCUGUUCAUCUUCGGCGACGUGCAGAUUUCCUUCCUCCUGUCCGUCGGCCUCCUCCUCGCCACCAUCGCCUCCGUGUGGUACCACCUCCUCUACUACUCCCUCUGCUACGCCAACCUCCAGACCAAGCCCAAGCCAGCCGUGCCGUUGGACUCGACCGCCGUGGCCACGUCGAAGGAGGAGUACCAGCUCACCCUCCCCUCCGCUAAGAAAGAGUACCCACUCUCCCCCCCAGCUGGUUCGCAUCCAGCCCCUGUCAGCCGAGGCGGGACGACUGAGUGA